AUGACAGGUGAUCUUCAGCACACCGGGGAACCGAUUGCCAUCGUGGGAAGUGCUUGCCGCUUUCCUGGUGAUGCAACAACACCCUCCAAGCUAUGGGACCUGCUAAAAGCACCUCGAGAUGUUCUUAGCGAGAUUCCAGAAAGCCGCUUUAGCACCAAAGCAUUUUACCAUCCCGAUGGGCUUCACCAUGGCACAACGAAUGUUCGACACUCCUAUCUGUUGUCCGACGAUCAUCGACUGUUUGACGCUCAAUUCUUUGGAACCAAACCAGUGGAAGCAAACUCGAUUGAUCCGCAACAAAGACUGUUGCUGGAGACUGUUUACGAGGGACUUGAAACGUCUGGAAUUCCCAUGGAAAAGCUACAAGGGUCAAACACGGGGGUAUAUGUUGGUUUGAUGACCAAUGACUAUGCCGAUAUGUUGGGUCGGGAUGUGCAGAACUUUCCUACCUAUUUUGCAUCGGGAACUGCUCGAAGCAUCCUAUCCAAUCGAGUCUCCUACUUUUUCGACUGGCGAGGACCUUCCAUGACCAUCGACACGGCAUGCUCCUCCAGUCUAAUUGCCCUACACCAGGCCGUGCAGAGCCUACGAAGUGGCGAGACUGAUGUCGCGGUGGCAGCAGGAACCAACCUUCUGCUGGGGCCAGAGCAGUACAUCGCAGAGAGCAAGCUGAAGAUGCUCUCCCCGACGGGUCGCUCGCGCAUGUGGGACAAAGGCGCAGAUGGAUACGCGCGUGGUGAUGGGAUCGCUGCCGUCGUACUCAAACCAUUGAGUGCAGCAUUGGCGAAUGGAGAUCACAUUGAGUGCAUCGUUCGGGAAACGGGCGCCAACCAAGACGGUCGCACCAAAGGAAUUACGAUGCCCAACCCGGUGGCUCAAGCAGACCUUAUUCGGACUACGUACGCUCGAGCUGGCCUCGAUCUUUCCAAACCCACUGACCGACCACAAUAUUUCGAAGCUCAUGGUACUGGAACCCCAGCAGGUGACCCAGUCGAGGCGGAGGCCAUCAGCACAGCAUUCUUCGGACAAGCGGCCAAAUAUCAACGCGACGGUAACCAGGAGCACCCCUUGUAUGUUGGGUCCAUCAAAACAGUGAUUGGCCACACUGAGGGCACGGCGGGAUUAGCAGCGGUCCUCAAAGCAUCACUUGCUUUACAGCAUGCCAUCAUCCCGCCAAACCUAUUGUUGAACGAGUUGAGUUCCACGGUUCUUCCCUUCUAUAACGACCUUGAAAUCCUUCAAGUUGCGAAAGAAUGGCCGCAACUUGCGCAUAACACCCCUCGUCGUGCUAGUGUCAAUAGCUUUGGCUUUGGUGGUGCAAAUGCUCAUGCGAUUUUGGAAGCAUUCGAUGCGCGCCUGGUUGAUCGUGGUGACGACGCCGCAGAUGGCAGCUCUGCAGCAGUGUCACCCUUCAAUUUCUCCGCCUCCUCCGAACAGUCGCUUCUCGCCAACGUUGCAGCGUACUCGGCAUAUUUGCGAAAUCACUUAGAUAUCAAUAUCCGUGAUUUGUCAUGGACAUUGAACUGUCGGCGUUCCACUCUCCCAGUACGGCUAUCCGUGUCUGCAUCAAGCCCAGGAGAGCUUGCCACGAAGCUGGAUGAAGCAGUAGUGUCCGCGGCAAUAACUCCAAGCACGCAAACAGGAAAUAUUCGCGAGCCAAAACUCCUUGGGGUGUUUACAGGCCAAGGAGCACAGUGGGCAAGGAUGGGUGCUGAGUUGCUCGAAAGCUCCCCAAUGUUCAGUGAUUGCAUCGCUCGUCUCGAUCGGUCUUUGCAGGAACUACCCACUGAGCAUCGCCCCGUUUGGUCGCUGAGGGAUGAGCUCCUUAAAGACAAGUCCUCUUCUCGUAUCGGCGAGGCGGCGUUUUCGCAACCUCUUUGUACCGCGAUUCAGAUUUCGUUGGUCCAGCUUCUCCGGGCAGCCAAUCUGAAACUCACUGCUGUCGUUGGCCAUUCGUCUGGGGAGAUCGCCGCAGCGUAUGCCGCGGGAUAUCUCAACGAACAGGAUGCUAUUCGCAUUGCCUAUUACCGCGGAUGGUCUCUUCAAUACGCAAGCGACCAGGGAGGACAGAAAGGAGCAAUGAUGGCCGCGGGAACAUCGUUUGAAGAUGCAAAGGAGCUUUGCGAGAUGCCGUCACUCGAGAAUAGGAUUUGCGUGGCGGCUAGCAACUCCUCCGCCAGCGUCACACUUUCCGGGGACGCCGACGCCAUCGACGAGGCGAGGGAAAUCCUUGAAGACGAGAAGAAAUUUGCUCGCUUGCUGAAAGUUGACAAGGCUUAUCACUCACAUCACAUGCUUCCCUGCGCAGCUCCUUAUAUCGCAGCGAUCCGCAAGUGUGGUGUAACUAUCCAGCGUCCACCGAGUGGCAGUGCUACCUGGAUCUCCAGUGUAUAUGGCGAGAAUAUCGAUGACGUGGAUGACAGCCUUGUCGACACUUACUGGAGUAACAACAUGGUCAAGCCCGUACUAUUUUCCCAAGCCAUCACUUAUGCAGUUGGUGCAGCUGGGCCAUUCCACAUGGCUUUGGAGAUUGGUCCUCACCCAGCAUUGAAAGGACCCGCAAUGCAAACGAUCCAAGAAGUGGCUGGCGAGACAUUGCCUUACACCGGGACCUUGAACCGUGGCAGAAACGACAGUGAGGCUUUCUCAUCCGCCCUGGGUGCCCUAUGGAUUUCCUUGGGUGAGAAUGUCGUGGACUUCGCAGGGUUUGAAAUGAAAGCAAUGCAAAAGAAAAACAGUCGAACCCCAAACCUCAUCAAGGGCCUUCCAUCAUAUUCUUGGGAUCAUGAUCGGGUCUACUGGCACGAGUCUCGAUCGUCUACCGCAAUACGCACCGAAAGGGAGCCGUUUCACCCCCUACUGGGUGUCAAAUCCCCCGACGGGACAGACAAUGAGUUGCGCUGGCGCAACUAUCUCCACCCAAGGGAAGUUCCUUGGCUGGCACAUCACCAAGUCCAAGGUCAAAUGGUAUUCCCUGCGGCUGGCUAUAUAUCGGCAGCGGUUGAGUCUGUCAUUCAAAAGUAUGGCCUGGGUUCUGUGCAACUGAUCGAUUUCCAUAAUGUGGUCAUCGGACAAGCAUUGGUGCUUGAAGAGAACGGAGGCGUGGAAACAAUCUUCAGACUUUCAAUCGAUCAAGUUCAACCUAAUCGCGUUUCUGCGUCCUUUACCUGUCAUUCCGCCGCCAAUAAGGGGUCAUCCAACAUGUCUCUUCACGCAUCUGCCACCCUGAAAAUUAUUCUGGGUGACCCCAAACACGAUAUACUGCCACCACACGCCCGGCCGCAAGGUUCAUUCCUGGAUCUGGAAGCCGACCGAUUCUACAACUCAGUUUCCGAGCUUGGGUUUGGCUACACAGGCCCCUUCCAGGCCCUUUCCAACUUGCACAGAAAAAUGGACGAGGCAUCGGGUUUGAUCGCCGUCCCAGUGGAUCCCGACAUGGAAAGACCGUUGAUCAUUCACCCAGCCUCUCUUGAUGGAGCUAUUCAGUCCAUCAUGCUUGCCUAUUCCUUCCCCGGCGACGGUCGUCUACGUACCCUUUACCUUCCCACUCGAAUCGACAGGCUUCGCGUCAAUCCGACCGCCUGCGUCGUUCUUGGUGCCCCCGGUGCAGACCUGCCCUUUCAUUCUGCGGUCACGGAUGCACGCUUUGCCGAACUCUCUGGCGAUGUUGACAUGAUUUCCCCAGACGGGAGACACACUUUGCUUCAAUUGGAAGGACUUCAUACCACGCCGUUGAGUCCAUUGACGUCCACAAAUGAUGUUCCCUUUUUCACAGAAGUGAUCUGGGAUGUUGAUAGGCCGGGGCAGUUAAAGAAAGCUGGAGGCAUGCAAGACCAUUCCCUAGCCAUGGAUCUCGAACGCGUCGCGCAUUUCUACUUCAGAAAACUCCAAAAUUCGCUUCAGCACUCCGAUCGUGCAAAUGCUACAUGGAAUCAUGCACAUCUUCUCUCAUAUGUGGAGCAUUGUACAACGUCCGUUGCCAAUGGGAAACAUAGAUUCGCAAAGCAGGAAUGGGCCAAUGACGCCAUGGGCGAUGUUGCUCCAAUUCUGGAUCGUUAUUCCGACAGUCUCGACAUCAAACUGCUGUGCGCAGUCGGCGAAAACCUUGCUGCUGUCAUUCGCGGAGAUAUGAACUUGCUUGAAAUCCUGAUGCAUGACAAUAUGUUAGCGGAAUUCUACUCCAAAACACUUGGAAUAGACGUAUAUCUGGAUGCUAUUGCUCAAACGGCUCGCCAGAUCAGCCACAGGUAUCCCCAUGUUAACGUUUUGGAGAUCGGAGCCGGCGCUGGCGCUACUUCAGAUAGAGUCAUUCAUGCAAUGGGAUCCUCCUUUGCGUCAUACACAUACACCGACAUCUUGGAUGCGCAGUUUGAUCACGCACGCGAAAGAUUCUCGGAUUAUCAAUCCAGAAUGGCAUUCAAGGUGUUGGAUAUCGAGAAGGACAUCGGGGAGCAAGACUUUGAAGAGGGUUGUUUCGACCUUGUUAUUGCUCCUCUAGCCCUGUACGCCACCAGAAAACUUGAAGCAACCCUCACAAAUGUACGUCGGCUGCUCAAGCCUGGUGGAUACCUGGUUAUGCUCGAACUCACCGACUCUGAUGUCAUGCGCUUCGGGCUCAUACUUGGUGGCCUACCGGCCUGGUGGUUAGGCUAUGAGGAGGGAAGAACAUUAUCACCCUGUGUAUCGGAGGACAAAUGGGAGGGACUGAUGCAGAAGGCCGGAUUUUCCGGGUUCGAAGCCCUGGUAUCGUGUUCCAGAACCUCACCUCUGCCAUUCUCUGUCAUGGUUACCCAGGCUGUCGAUCACCGUGUCAGCUUUCUUCGCGAUCCCCUGGCGGCGAAUCACAUACCACUGGGUGUGGACUCGUUGACAAUCAUCGGAGGGAAAACGUCCUUGACUGCUGAUAUGGUAGCCGAUAUCAAAACAGCUGUCCGCCCCCACUACAGCAAUAUCUACACGGCCAGUUCUUUAGAUGACCUCGUCUCAGCAAGCUUGCCCGUAAUGGGGUCAGUGAUUAGUUUGAUUGAAUUGGAUGCGCCAGUUCUCAAAAACAUGUCUGCUGAGAAUCUGAAGUCAUUCCAGGAGCUCUUCAAGCAAAGCAAGAAUGUUCUAUGGCUGGGACACGGUGCCCAAGGGGAGAACCCCUAUGGCAACAUGUUUUCAGGAGUCCAACGCACCUUGGCCAUGGAGAUGACUCACCUCCAUAUCCACUUUCUUAACCUCCAUUCGCUCCACGAUGCUGAUGCAAAUAUCAUCGCAACAAAGCUCCUCCAUUUGGAAGCUGCCGAAAUUUGGGAUCAAAGUGGCCAGCUCGACGGGAUAUUGUGGUCUAACGAGAGGGAGCUGCUGCUGGAGAAUGGACACUUCAAAGUUCCUCGAUUCCGCCUCAAUUCUAGUCGAAAUGAUCGAUACAAUUCGUCAAGGCGUCUCAUCAUUAAAGAGGUUGAACGUGCCGGAUCUGUGGUCACCAUUCAACCGACUGAAAUUGGAUAUCAAAUUGAAGAGAAGGACCCUCGAGCCUCGCCCUCUUUCCCGGAUGAUAUGAAUAUCGAUGUGACUCAUUCUAUGCUCCGUGCUUUGCGCAUCACUCCAUCUGACAAUUGUUUCUUGGUGGCUGGAAAGAAUAUGUGGAAUGGUGAGCGUGUGAUUGCCCUGUCGCAUACCCUGGACUCUCAAGUCCGUGUGUCGCGUGGCCUGGCGGUGCGAUGUGGAGAUUCCGAAGACCUAGCAACUCGAUCGAUGCUCACCCUGUAUUUCCAUUUCCUUGCUCUCUCUAUGCUGCAACAGCUUCAAUCGGGAAGUGUACUGGCUGUGUUGGACCCGGAUUUCUCCUUGUCACCCGUCCUUACGAAAUACGCCAGCGAAAGGGGUGUUCAACUUGUGCUUUUGACAACAAAGGAAGGGCAUUGCUCCUGGCCGUGGGUCAGAAUCCACCCGAACUCCACCCGGCGUGAAGUACUAAGCAAGUUACCUGGCAAUAUUUCACGACUUGUCGAUAUGAGUGGCAGCUCCGAUGUUACUGCCCUCUUGAAGGCAUGCUUGCCGACAGACUGUCAUUUCGCGAGCGAGAGUACUCUGACUGCAAACUGCUCCGAAUCUCAGUACACCUCGGAUAGAGGCCAAUUGGCUAUGCAGCUGCAGAAUUCCUGGUCGAGAGUACAAUACGACCUGAUGCCAGUCAAUAUGCACAAGUUUGCUCCUUUAGGACUCGAGGACCUGAUUCGUGCAAAGUCCCCCCUUGCAGAGCAGUCUUUAAUUGCAUGGGGUCAAUCACAGAUUCCUGUUCAAGUUCGCCCUGCUACUAAACAAGUCAAAUUCUCAAAAGACAAAACCUACUGGCUAGUUGGACUGACAGGCGGGCUCGGUUUGUCGCUUUGUCAGUGGAUGAUCGGACAGGGGGCACGAUACAUCGCGCUAUCAAGUCGAAAACCAAAUAUUGACGACCAAUGGCUGCAGAGAAUGGCUGCGAAUGGCUGCACUGUCCGAGUCUUUUCCAAUGACAUAACGAAUCGGGAAUCCGUUCAAGCAACCCAUCGCAAUAUCAGCGAAACCAUGCCUCCCAUCGCUGGUGUUGCACAAGGUGCUAUGGUGCUGCAGGACACAAUGUUCAUUGAUUUAGAUCUCCCUCGCCUUGAGAAGGUUCUUCGUCCUAAAGUUGAAGGAAGUAUAUUACUGGACGAGUUGUUCCCAGAGGACACGUUGGAAUUCAUGGUCUUCUUUUCAUCCAUGGCUGCGAUGACAGGAAACCCUGGCCAGGUUGCCUAUAAUGCCGCGAAUAUGUUUAUGGCGAGUUUGGCAGCCCAGCGCCGAAACCGUGGCUUGGCAGCGCAUGCGAUUAACAUCGGCGCGAUUGUCGGUAAUGGCUACGUGACGCGAGAGCUUAACAUGGGCCAACAAUCAUAUCUUUACCGAGUCGGCCAUUCAUGGAUGUCUGAGCAAGACUUCCAUGAGGUUUUUGCCGAAGGUGUACUGUCUUGCAUGGAACGGGUAGGAAGCGCUGAAUUGUGCUGUGGACUCAGAAUUGACGACGAUGAGUCAAAGAGUUGGGUUUCUAACCCAAUGUUUCAACAUCUGGUCUACAAGUCUAGCAAUCUCGUGGUGGCAGAGAAGAAAGGGAAAUCUGGCGUGUUGAUAAAAACACGCUUGUUCGAGGCAACUUCAAAUCAGGAAGUCAUCGAGAUCUUGCAAGAUGGCUUUGUGUUGAAGCUCCAGUCAGCCCUCCAGGCUGAUCCCAACAAGCCCAUGUUGGACAUGAGUCCGGAUGAGCUUGGGGUGGAUUCAUUGGUCGCGGUUGACCUUCGAUCGUGGUUCCUCAAGGAGCUGGGGGUCGAUAUGCCGGUGCUGAAAAUCUUUAACGCAGCGUCGGUUCGUGAGCUUUUGGCCACUGCGGCAGAAGUUCUACCAGAAUCUUUGACUCCCAAUUUGAUGUCCGGCGAACAGACUGUAAAGCCACUGGGCCCUCCACCCAACAAUCCUUCGGUGGUUGCAACAACUUCCCCCGCAGAUUUGCCCGCGGAUAUAAUAGUCCCAGAGACCAGAGCCAGUUCCGUGGAAUUGAAGUUUGCACUUCCGGACGCAACAAACGCGUACAGUGGCAGCUCGGCGACGUCUUUAGUCACUGGAGACUCGAACUCCGAAAAUAAUGACGAUACUUCCUCGUCCGUUUUUACUGAUGACAGCGAAAUGGGACCCCCGAAACGUGAGAUCCAAAGAACAGUUCCAAUGUCCCACGGACAGUCGCGUUUCUGGUUCCUAGAGCACCUGGUUGAGGACAAGACAUCAUUCAAUAUUACACCGACGUUUGAGUUGUCUGGUCGCCUAAGAAUUGGCGAAUUUGCGAACGCUGUAAAAGCCGCAGGACAACAUCACGAAGCCUUGCGUACUUUCUUCUUCACUGACAAUGAGCGGAAUCAUAUGCAAGGCGUCUGGACGAGAUCUUCCUUACAGUUAGAGCACGUUACAAUCUCGGACGAGACAGAAGUCGAACGGGCCUCAAAACAGAUGGAGGCACACGUCUUCAAUCUCUCUGAUGGCGAGGUCAUGCGUGUUCAGCUGCUUUCGCUCGGUCUAGAAAAGCACUGGAUAAUCUUCGGCUUCCAUCACAUCAACAUGGACGGCAUUAGCUUUGAAGUAUUUUGGUCAGACGUGGAAAAGGCAUAUCAAGGCCAACCCCUUUCCGAAGAUGGACUUCAAUAUCCGGACUUUACUCUGCGGCAGCUUCGUGAAUACGAAGGCGGCACCUGGGCUGGGGAUCUCGCUUACUGGAGGGCACAAUAUACAGAGAUUCCACCCGCAAUUCCCCUUCUUCCAUUUGCUCUACAACCCAUGCGCCCCAAGGUUGCUCAGUUCAGGUCGUAUACUGCCCAGAUUCGUCUCGAUGUCAGUCUGACGGAUUCAAUUGACCGGUGUUGCCGGAUGUUCAAAUCGACACCCUUCCACUUCCAUUUGGCUGUCUGGAAGACCCUUCUUCUGCGGUUCUUCGAUAUGAAGGAUGUUUGCAUUGGCCUCGGAGAUGGAAAUCGUACGGAUGCCGACAUUCUUCGGAGUAUGGGACUUUUCUUGAACCUCCUUCCUGUGAGGUUCUCUCAACAGCCAGGCCAAUCGUUUGGGGAAUCUCUCAAGGAGGUCCGGAAUGUCACGCAGAAUGCAUUUGCCCACUCGCGUGUGCCGUUCGAUGUGAUCUUGACGGAACUCAACGUUCCACGAUCCGCAUCACACAAUCCCCUAUGCCAAACCUUCUUCAACUAUCGACCCAAGGUCGAGCAAUCACGAAGCUUCUGUGGCUGUGUAGCCAAUGGCGCACUUUUGGGUGGCGGCGAAACCUCUUUUGACCUCGGUCUAGAUGUUGGCAACGUCGGUGCCGGCGAGACGCUAAUUCACCUGUCUGUCCAGAAGAGUUUGUAUGGCAUGGAGCAUGCGGAAAUUUUGCUCAGCUCCUAUGUCAAUAUCCUCCGGUCUUUUCUUCAAAAUCCAGCGACUCGGGUGACCUGGCCGGAGUUACAUUCCAAAGAUGAAAUCCAGAAGGCAGUGGCUGUGGCCCGAGGCAAGUCAAUUACCCCUUGCUAG